AUGGCGUCUUGCUGCUGCGUCCAGCGGCAGGUCCGGGUAAGAAGAGAAUGCUGCCGGGCAUCGAUCGACACAGAGCAGCAGCGCUUCGCGGUGGCGACGCCGUCGAGGACGGUUUCGAUCUUUUGGGAUUUGGACAACAAGCCGCCGGCGCUGGCGCCCUUCACGGUGGCGAUGCGGCUCAAGAGCGCGGCGGGCGCGUUUGGGUGCGUGAGGGAGACGAUUGCGCUGGCCAACCGCCACGCCUUCAUCCACAUCCCGGAAUGGGUCCGCGAGCAGCGUCGCGAGAGGAAGAUCCUCGACAUUCUGGAGAAGACUGGUCGGAUCCAGCCGCCGGCGCCCUACGAAUGCAAUCUGUGCGGCCGCAAGUGCAAGACCAAUCUGGAUCUCAAGAAGCACUUCAAGCAGCUCCACGAGCGCGAGCGCGGCAAGAGAAUCGCGCGCCUCAACCAGCUCACGGGCAAGCGCCGCGCAAAGUUCCAGUCGGCCAUCGCCGCCAAGGAGCAGCGGUACCGCGCGGCGUGCAGCGGCGGUAUGGGCACGACGGCGCCGCCGGCAGCGGGGUACGGACUCGCCGCCGAGCUGCGCCGCGCGGGCGUGUCCGUACGGACCGUCUCGGACAAGCCCGACGCCGCGGACGAGGCGCUCAAGCGGCGGAUGGAGGCCACGAUCUUCGGGGCCGAGGGCAGCGGCGGCAGCGCAGGAGAGAACUGUGUGUGCCUCGUCUCGGACGAUUCGGGAUUUGGGGGCGUGCUGCGAGACGCACGGAGGAGGAGAGCUCGGACGGUGGUGAUUGGGAGCUCGGGCUCUUUGCGGCGCUACUCGGACGCUUGGCUCUCGUGGGAGGAUGUGAUGAGCGGUCUCGGGCAAAGGGACGCCGCUCAAGCGGCCAAGCAGUGGCUCGCGCAGGACUUGCUAGCGCGAGAGCUUCUCGAUGUGGAAGAACUUGCGAGCGAUGGUGGCCAUCGCCAAGCGCACAGCUACAGGGAGAGUGGAGAGAAUGGUGGGGAGGACUUUCUCGGUUAUAGAUCGAGGGUCGUCUAUCCAGAGUCUUACAGGGAGGAGGAAGAGUUCGAGGAGGAUUUCUCCUCUAGCGAUGGUGGCGACGAUCAAGAGCUUUUAUAUAGCGAUAGGUUCUAGAAUGGUGGCGAAAGUAAGAUCGAGGACUACUAGUUUCUGUACAGUUGAUCUAUUAUACUUCUCUCAGCGAGAGUUGGAGUUAAACGAUUUUUUAAACCUAUUGUCAACUUCGAAA